UUUGACAUUGAUUCCAAAAAACCUGCAUCAAUCAUUAUUACAAUCGCAAUUGCUGUGAUUGACUUAAUUUAUGCUAUUCUUGUUGCAACAAUUCAUAAUAGCCAAUAGUGCGCGACCAUCAACCAAUCUGAGGUGAUUGCAAUCGUGACAUAUUGUAGCUGUCAUUCUAUUCAACCGCAAUCGAGCCGCUGGUAGUUUGUCAAUCGUGUCAAUCUGUGAAUUUCUAAUUUCCACAUUUUUUGUUUACCUACAAUAGUUUUGCUUUUAUAUUAUUUUAUUAAAGAUACGAGGAAUGAUAAUGUUGAAAAAGAAACGAUGAUAAUAUUGCAACGAGAAUUACUAAUAAUAUUUCAGAUCAAUUUUAUCGUAAACCUUCACAAUGGGCUGUUUUCAAAGUAAAAAAGAAGCUUCUGACUUACAUCCCAAUGUUUUUCGUGUUGUUAACAUCGACGAAAAUGGUGCAGAUUUGUGUACAGGACAACUAGAAAUAACAGAAUCAGAUAUAAUUUUGUACAGAGAAGGUAGAGAGUCGACUGUGUGGCCUCUUCAUUCCUUGCGGCGAUACGGAUUUGAAGCAGAGAUAUUUAGUUUUGAGUCAGGAAGAAGGUGUGAAACAGGAGAAGGAAUUUAUGCAUUUAGAUGUCGAAGAGCAACAACAUUGUUUCAAGCACUUCAACAACAAAUACAAUUAAGAAAUGUUGUGCAUGAUUCUGUGCCAUACCCAGUAUCCAGGCUCACUCCCUCUCCACAAGGCCGACAAACAUUGCAGGCCAGUGUUGUCCAUCGCUCCUCCAUAGACAACGGCCAACCAGAUAACAUCGGUCAAAACUUUAACAACAAUCUCCCAAACGUUGCUGGAAACACAGGAGUCCCGCCAACAUUGCCAACCCUGACUCAUUCACCUCGUUCGCCUUCCAGUGCAGACAUUUUAGAAGUUAUGCCUUUAUAUCCACGGCCACAAGCCAGCAGUAACCACGUGACUAAUGUUUACCAAGUCAGAGAUUUUAAACGUGAACACAACAAUAAUCAAGCAGAAACAGCCGCUGAUAACAGACAUGUGUAUUCCAAUGAUUUUAAUAGAGAUCUAGCUAUGCUUAGAAACACACUAAGACAGGAAACUGUAUUAAAUACUAUAAGAGACAUUGAGGAUGAAACACAUUUUCUUGAAAAUAGAUAUGUAGAGAAUGCACAGACUAAUUCAGCUAAUAGUCUUCUGUCUCCUACAAUGAGUAAUUCUAGUGAGCACUAUGCACAGUUGAGUAUAGAGCACCAGGAGCCUUCUAGGUUAUAUGUCAAUAUAGCACCCAAUGAGAACAUAUUUGAUGGAAAUAGAAAUGAUGCUAUACCAAGUACACCUCUUACACCCAAACAAGUUGAGUACUGCAACCUGACAGUUGGAACAAAAACUGAAUUAAAUACUUACGCCAAUUUGAUGCUCGGUGAUAUAACAGAUAGUGUUCAGAAUAGUAAACAAAUUUUUAACAGCUCUGAGCACAAUCAGAAGUUUUCAGAAUCAGAUACUUUCGCAUCUAUGUCUCCAGUUGAAGACAUUAACUAUGCGAUUCUCGACAUAGACUCAAAUAAGGACAGUAUGAAAACUGUAAGAGAUGUGGCAUCACCAGAAAGUCAAUCAUACAAUAGCUCAAAAAAUGAAAGUACUGCAUCACAUUCAUCACAGCCUCGUGGUAGAGUGGUGUCCCAGAGCAGCAUAGACAAAUCCACAGCUGUCAAUUCCUCCAAUCCUGCACCAAGUGCUAGUAUUGGUUACACAACUAUUGAUUUUGAUAAAACUGUCGCAUUAACCUCAGUGGCUGCAGGAGCAGAGGUCAGUAAUAUGGAUGGUUCCCGAAAGAACAGGCACAAUUCCUGUGGUGUUAUAUGUGGGAGUCCCAGCACUGGGGAAAAAGGUAGAAGUAAUAAUUGAGAUCUCUGACAUUUUUUUAUUAAAGAAGAUAAGUUACAGCUAAUUAAAAGAAUAUUUACAACUAAUUAGAAAAAAAGUAACUAUAGCUAAUUACAAGUUUCCACAAAUAAAAGUUUCAUAACAAGAAAAAAGCUUGGAGGGGGAAAAUAUCUUGAAGUUUAAAAUGAUCAAAAGUUAAGCUAUAUAAGGACAUUUUAUAACUUUUGUAUUGCAAUUGUAUUUAAAAAAAAAAAUUAUAUAAAAAAUAAUUUUAAAAUAUACCAAAUCAAUGAACAGAUGUUCAAAGCCAAAGUAAAAUGUUCAUCAAACCAAAGUUAUUAAAAAGUUAGUACUGUACAACAAUAAGUAGUGCAUUAAUGUAGAUGAAAGUAAUUAAUUGUUACUAUCAAACUGAUUUUGUUGGUUUAUCGUAGCCAACAAAAUUAAAAAUACUAUAAAUCUGUUUGUAAAUAGAUGCAUGUAGAACAGAUGCUAAACUUGUGUGUUUUAUGGGAUAGACGCAUUUAAUGCCUGCAUAAACCACACCUUCAGUUUUUGUAAUAAGUGAUAAGUCCCACAAAAUAUCUAUACUUAUAAUAUUAUGUUUUAUAUUUAAAAAAUAUACCUAAUAGACAACAACGAAAUUAUAUAUUAAUUGAUCUAUAUUUAAUUAUUAUUCCAUCCAAAGGUAUGUAUAGUACAUGAGUAAAAAAAAUCCAAAUAUUAAAAUAAUUGUUGUUGGCAGUUGCUUUCUAGGUGCUUAUUAUUGUUAUAUGAUAGCCUAAGUAUAUAAAAAUGUUUAUGUACAUUUAAAUAUGGUGUAUACUAAAAAUGUAAUAAUAUAUGUAUGUUUAUCGUUUUAUGAAUAGAGAAGAAAUCAUAUUAGAUACAAGUUGAAAGUAUAUAUUAUGUUUUUAAGAUCCAAUACCUCCAUGACAUAGUAAUAUUAUGUAAUAUAAACUUUAAAGAAAAGCCAUUAUUUAAAAAUAGUGAAAUCGGAAACGGAAAAUUGGUCAUAUUGAAUUAGAACUGUUGUUUUUAAGUGCAUGCUUGAACAUAUUUAAUACUUUACCUUAAUCACAUUUCUUGGUCUUGGUCUUUAUUCUGUUGUACAUAAUCUCUUAACUGACAGCUCUAAAUGUUCUAUCCUGUUCUGGAAGGUACAUUGUAAAAAAGAUAGCACUAUGUUUUUUUUAGAGAUUGUGUACCUAUGUACAGUAGAAGUAGUAUCAGGCAGCUAUUCUUUAUUAUUAAUAAUCAUAAAUUAUUUUGAUAUUAUUUCUUUUUUAAACAUAUUACAUUUAUUUAAUAAAACUGAGUAAUGCCUGACGAUUCAUUCUUUUUUACAUUGAUUAUAUUAUUGAUUUAGAUAUAUACAUACAAUUUGGCUAAUUCUGUUGUACAUUAUUUAAUUAAGUAAUAAUUUUAUUUUAUUGAUGUGACGAGUUAAAUUAAUGUUAAAUGUGGUUAGGAUAGUUUAAUAUUAUGUAAGUAGGUAGGUACUCGUAUCUUUCUGAAGCAGUCUUAUGUAAGCCUGCGGCGGCGUCCUGUGUGACGGCGCGCCGCGUGUGGCGAUUGCGGAGCGGGAUUGCGCUCGCACUCCGGACAGGUUCAAACUUCAAACGUGUCGAACAUUUGUUUCAGGUGCAUAAGACGGGUCACCAAUGUAGGCUUAUGGCAUUCUAAUUCCGACAAUGGCAGUAUAAUCUUCACUUGAAAGUGUUCUGUUUAAGAAGUUAGUCAAAAUAAUGAGUUUGAUAUGAGUUACUCACAAAUUAGUCGAUACUAUAACUACCCUUUCAAGUAAAGAUUUUUAUAUAAACCUGUGAGGAUGAUACUGCCAUUGGCGUUACUAAAGCGCCAUAAACCUACUUUGUCGUUUUAGUUUACAAAUUGCGAAAAACGGGCAGACCCGUCUCAUGCACCUUAAUGCACCGUUCAUUCCGCCUCCGGGGUGCGCCGUCACUACAGAACACAGACAAAGGUUGAAAUCUAUAGAGCACACUUUGACUUUGCUUAGACUUAAGUUUCAGUUAAAACGAGACAGAUUUAUGCCAGCUGUAUAGCGCUGUUUCGUUUUAACACUGUCUUAACUCUGAGCAAAGUCAAAGUGCCCUCUAUAGGUCUCAGCUUCAGGCCUGUACCAUUGAAGUAUGAAAAUUAUAUUUCGAUGUUUAAUGAAGUUCCUAAUUUGGCCCUAUUUGCCAUAAUAGGGAGUCAUCUAAAAAUAUCUGCCAGUUGCUAUGGUUCACAUGUAUACACGUGUAUUCAUAUUAUUGUUUAUAUUAUAAUAUAAUUGAGUACCCUAGCUAAUAAAUAGACUACCCAUUAGUUUAAAUAAUUUCGAUACAGACUGGCUUUUUUUGGUUUAAUUAUAUUAGUACAAACCUAGCUGUAGAGUCAAAGCUAGAAUUAAGGUUUAGGUAUGGCCUUAUUCUAUUUGAAUUGGGUUUAAAACAAAGAUAUUAUUGAAGUAGGUUAUAAAAAAAUAUGAAACAAAUUCUUAGCGCAGAUCGGAAAACGACGGUUUACCUCCAAAGUUCAAAACCAAUUACAUAUUUUUUAUCUGUAUCUUUGAUUGCUCUCACUGUAAGUAAAUGGAUUUUACUAAGUUCUUGUUAUCGACGAAGAAGUAUACUGGGAAAGCUGAUAUUGUUUAGCAUUAAGUACAUACUUGCUUUCAUAUUUAUUAAUAAGAUUUGUUUAUAUACUUACCAAAUACUCUAAAAUAAUAAUAUUUUUAACCGACUUCAAAAAAGGAGGAGGUUCUCAAAUCGACUUUAUGGUUUUUUUAUUUGUUACGUGAUUACUUCGCCAAAUAUGAACAGAUUUUGAUUAGUAGGUGGUUAGCUCCAGAAGUGGUCCCAUUUUAGUUUGGUGAAGAUCUGAAGUAUAUCUUCGAAAGUGGAGAACAGAACUUCUCAAUGGAUAAGGGUAUAUUGCUCGCGAUCAGUGUAAUAGCUUAGUAAACAGUACAUUUUUAACCAGGCAUAGCAUAUUUUAAUACAGUGGGGCCACUAAAAUUGUAAAAAAACAAUAACCACAAACACUAAAAAGUAAAAAAUUAUUUCAUUUAUUACCGAUUAUAAUAUGUGUACAAGAGGCAGGUAAUGCAGUUGUAUAGUAACUUUUUUGGAGUCGGUUUGGACCGAAAAAACAGCGGCUAUGUGUUUCAGAGGCAUGGUGUUGAGAAACCUUCAAUUGCCAAAGAUAAUAUAGGAUUAAAUAUCUAGCUAAUAGUUCUUUAAAUAAUAAAGCGUUUUGUAUAUUGAAAUUUGAAACACCUAAGACGUUGCCAGUCUCCUUUAGGAUUAUAUUUUAUGCUAUUGCCAAUAUAUUUUGUAAAAUUGUAUGCGGAAAUAUUCAUUAUAAUACUGUGUGAGUAAGCAGGGCUGAGUGAGAUCUAGAGAGCGUAGGUACUUUAACGUUGCAAUGCUUUUGCAGUUAAAACUUUUAACUGAAACUUAAGUAUUCUGGCGCACUCCUCAGCGCUUUACAGUAAAAACGUACUAUGACUCUCAUUGAAUAUUUAGUUACAAGAAAGAAUUCCGUUUCUAGAACAUGUCUACAAAAUUUCAUCGAGUUUCAUUGGUUAAUAUUAAAAUGAGUAUGGAAAGUGCUGGGGAGCGCCCUAAGGCUACUUCUUAUAAGUCAGUAAAAUCAAAGUACGCUCUAUAUAAGCUGCUAGGCGAAGAGGUAGAGGUAAAAAGUGUAUUAAAAGAUGCCAUAUUUUAAUUGAAAAAUUGUAAAGCAUGUCUGGUAUUUCAACCAAAUGAGUAUAUUAUAAUUAAGUAUUUUUUGUACUUUAAUUUACAAAGACAUUAGUUGUAGGUACCUAUUUGAUAAUAAUAUUAUUAUUUCCAUUAAAGCGAAGCGAGGGUCGUAAAAUUCAGUACCUACCUACUGAUAAUGCGAAUGACUUCAUAAAAAUGGCCGAACGUAAUUUUUUGCAGGCUGCUGCGUGCGGGCAAUUCUUUUUGCCAGGUUUUUGUUUACAUUUUUACAACUUGGAUGCCCGUUUCAUAGUAAUUUUGACAGCUUCAUAGACCUAUGUUUGAAAUUGCCUUUCUAUAGCUUUAUAUAUAGGUAUACUAAUUUAGUUGAAUGUUAUUUAUCUAUAUUGUUUGCAAAGUUAAGCAACAAAAUAUAUUAUUUUAUUAAGUUUUAUUGUCUUCCAAAAGUAGAUUGUUUCUUUGUGUCUGCGAGAAUAACUAGAUUUAUGUCUGACUACAAAAGUGCUUGCUAUAAAGGUUCAUGAUGAUUACAUUACCUAUUAUUAAAUUUACACAAGGUAAGGUAAUACCUAGCCACU